CCGCCCGCGAGAGAAGAGAGAAGAGAUCCAUUGCUCCACCUGAUUUCGUAGCUAUAGAGGAAUAUCCCGAACAAUGGAAAGUGAAGGCAAGACGAUCAAGCCCCACACCUCAAUCGAGGUUGUCUGCCGUAGCCAAGAAUUUGCCAAAGCGCCAUCCAUGGGGCAGAAAUACAAGACAACGAAGCAAGCAGGCGAUUAUACACCAGACAGCUCCCAAGAAUUUGCCAAGGCGCCACAUGUGGGGCAAAAAUACGACGCCACGACGUGCCGGCCGCCUGUGCUACCGGAGUUGGGCGGCCGCUACCCCGAGCACGCCCUCCUCGCCACGCGGGGGUACAUCUCGGAGCAGUGCAACACGACCACCGCCUACGGUGUCACCCGAGAAGGCAACAUCAUCCAGGCCUCCUUCUUCCCUGCAAAGCCUCCGGGCAUGUCGCACAUCUCUGUCUUCUGCCCGUUCGCCGGUAAGAGCCCCUUCGGCUGCGAGCCCACAGUCGUUUUUACCCACGACAAACUUAUAUUGUUUGCCGUCGCCUUGGGCCCGCACAGCGGCCACUUCUCUGAGGAAGGUGUCGAGCUCUUCAUCUUCCAGGCCAACAACAAAGAACUAGACAGGCUUCCCAAACCCGAGAAUUACACUCUCAGCUCCACAAAUACUGGUCUUGUAGGCAGCCCGAACGGUGGCUAUGUUGUGGCAGCUCUCAACGCUGAGCUCGCAUCUCGGAGCUACAGCCUCUCCAUCUUCUCCUCCGAAAACAAGUCCUCUGGCUGGCGUACGGUGUGUGUGCCCCGAAAGGCUUCCGCUGAUGGCACUUGCCAAAUGGCCUUCCUUCCGUUCAGGCAAUCCAAGGUGAUCUCGCUAACAGGUGCAUACCUGGGCUGGGUCGAUCUCUGGAGAGGCAUCAUAGUAUGUGACGUUCUCUCCCCACAACCAGAACUCCAAUAUCUCGAAUUCCCCGAUCCGGUGCCUCGCAACGAGAAGUUUCAGUACGAGUGCGACGCUGGAUUCUUCAGGGAUGUUUGUGGUAGCCCUGACGGUUCAAUCAAGUUCGUUGAGAUGGAGUACAUCGAAGGCAACGACACAGCAAAAUACAAUUUUUAUUUUAAGGCUGAAAGAUGGACAGCCUCCAGCUCCACGUGUAGGCUCUUCGAGAAGAGCACGCUCAAGGACACAUUCGGAAUACAGCAUAUAACAACUGCAGAGAGUAACAAACUCAACAGAGAAGAGUUCAUGAAAAUGUCAAUGGGCAACCCUAGGUUGAACCCGUAUCAUGACUUGAUGUACGUGAUGGCAAGAAAGAGGCGCUACGAUACCACUGGCCGUGUAGUUUCCAUUGACAUCGAAAGGAAGACGCUAGAUGGAGUGACGGAGACAGCCUACAGUUUCACAGAGACAUACGGCGCCUGCACCUUCUCCAAGUAUCUACAAAUUCCAGGCUCUAUCGUCGAGGAAGACCUGGCAAGUGAUUACCAGUUCGUGGCUUCUAGUUUGCAGGGCAGCGAGGUGGGUGGUUAUGUUAGACAAGGCGCAUCAUCAUGCACCAGCCAACCGAAACCACAUUCAGCUACCAGCAUGUACAGCACAUUGAUGUCAGCAGUUUAUAACUGGCACACUCAUUUGGGCAGGCAUAAUCGUUAAGAGUUCAUUAAAGUAUUGUUUUUGUUAAAAUGAAUAACCUUGACGGUUAUUAGGGAUAAUCCCCGCUCUCUUUUCCCCCACGUGCAACCCCAGUUUUGAGCAACUGCCAAGAGUCCAUGACUGUUCCUGGAGAGGC